CUCCAGUUCAUUCGUUCUCUCAAUUUCACCCAAUUCUGCUUUGCCUUGACAACUUGACAUACGAUGAUGAAAACAUAACCAGCUACAUUCGUUCUGAGCAUGGCUGAGCAUAUCACGCAGUUGCUCAUAGACCUGGAUCAGCAAUAUGACUUCGAUCCAUUGCUGCCUCCCGAGUUGCCUACCAUUGCCUUCCAAGACUGGCCGCCUCCUGAUCAGCAACUUCAGUAUGGGCAAUGGGAGGAAGAGAUAGCCAUUGAUGGUGCAGAAGAUACCACGACCGCCCCACUCGGCAAUUUCCUCGCCAACGCCCCAAUUCCAGCGGAACGACCGAAGACACCGGCGUUCAGAUUUUUGGAGACUGAUCCAGUUGCAAACAUAACACCCGGUAUGCAAAAAAAGCAAAGGGCACCUGCAAAGACCGAGCAGGAAUGGGCACUGGUGAGGCAACGCAUCACAGAGCUCUACAAAACAAAGCCACUAUCAGUUGUCAUGGACGACGUGAAAGAAAAAUUUCAAUUCGAAGCCACAGUGCGACAGUUCAAGUCGCAGAUCCGCAAAUGGGGCUUGAACAAGAACGUUCGAGAGCCCGAGAUGGGAUUCAUCGUUCGCAAGCAACAAGAGAGGGAGAAAGGACAGUCGGCUGAACUCAGCCAAGCCAACCUGAGGUUCAGAGUUCGAGGGGAGGCCGUACCCCAAGCCAAGAUAGAUCGGUGGAAGCGAAGCCACAACGUGGCCGACCAUGCAAGUCCUCAGUUUGAAAGCACCCCGUCCGACGUCAGUUACAGCACUGUUUCGCCGCGACUCUCCCCUGAGCGGUUGUCCUCGGAGGUCGAUCCUAGUCUACCUACGACGCAGAGGACUGCUUAUAGAUGUACCGAUUGCCUUAGGGUGGGAAGGCUAGACCUUGCUGCCAUACUAACUCGGUAUCGAGAUUGUCUAGAUUGUGGAGACAAGACGACAGCGGAAGCCAUCUUCGGGGAUAUCAUAGAAGCUCUUCAGAGGGACAUUCAUCCCCUCGACUACUCACUCGUGCAGGGAGUCUUUGGGGGCAAGGGCCGAUCAUGCGACGAGAUAGACUCCAGAUUCGAGAAGAUCAUUUCACUGCGUGAGGAGCAGUUUGGCGACAACCACCACCUCACCCACCAGGCAAGGUUAGCUUUCGUCGACAUAAUUCUUGGCAUGCUCAGGGAGCAGAUCGAGAAGCCAGAUCAGGACCGCAAAACCAUGGCGCGGAGAUUGGAGGUCUCACGAUGCCAUUUGCAUCGAAUCUUGAGAACGGCACUUUCCGAAGAAGUUGUGUUGCAGCUUUUCCGAGUGGUUUGCCAACUCUUCGGCCCCCUUACUGGCGAGCAUGACCUAACGGAACCUGACGAAGACCUAACGGAACCUGACGAAGACCUAACGGAACCUGACGAAGACCCGUGGUACGACUACAGUUUCGUAGAGACCAUUGUUGCCGCUUGUUCGCGGAACCCCGAUGUGCAACAGGCGUUCGUUUACUCUUGUCUCUAUGGGUGGUCAGUCUUCACUUGGGACAUCGACGCUAUUGUGCAGCAACUUGUCAGAGAAGGUCAUGCGAUUGGCCAAAUAGGCGAGGAUGGCCAGAUCCAGGGGAUUUGGCAGAACCACAAUCUCGCGGGGCGCGUACUCGCGGACACCGAGGGGCGGUUCCGGUACGCCAGCGCCCGGAGCUCCGGCCUGGGUACUUGCGCCGGGACAGCAACUCUUUAG